UCAUUCACAAUCAUGGAUAACAACAGCCAAACAAAAGAUAGCAUGGAGACUGCUGAAGAUAAGCCACUGACUACUAGUGUGGCCCCCACCGAUGGUGUCAAUGUCAACAAUAGCAACAGUAACAGUAACAGUAACAGCAACAACAGCAAAGAUACGAAUGAUAAAGAUCAUACAUUGUCACCGAACCUGACAACAUCAAAGACAAUCCCUACAUCACCAUCUACUUCAUCAACUUCAACCACAACUGCACCACCAUCACCAGCAACAACGUCAUCUACUACAGCAUCAACGACAUCAGAUGUACCGAUGACUACAUCAACUUCAUCAACAACCUCAACAUCAACUACAACUGCACCACUUACACCACAAUCACCAAAGGAGGACUUGAAGACAACGAUCAUUACACUACCCAAUUUCAAGAAGAAGCAAGCGGCCAGACCGCCCAGACCAUUGAAUAGUAGCACCGGUGGUGCUAAACCAUUGGCUGGAUCAGGCAAGGGUAUGUACAGUGAUGAGGACGAGAGGCUCCCUGCCAGACCCGUGACCGCAAGAAGCAAGGCUAUGAUGGCCGCCAACAAGGAGCGUGAGGAAAAGGAGAGACUACAACGCGAAGAGAUGGCUGCUGUCCAAGCUGCGAUGAGCAAAUCAUCAAAGAACAGAGCAUUGAAUGCUUCAAACUCCUCUGUAUCAAACUCAUCAUCAUCAUCAACAUCAGCACCGACUACAACCUCAACAACAUCAACUUCAUCAUCAUCCUCCUCCAAGUCAUCGUCAUCAUCGUCCAAGUCUUCAUCAUCUUCAUCCAAGUCAUCUUCAUCAUCAUCCAAGUCAUCAUCUUCUUCAUCCAAGUCAUCGUCAUCAUCAUCUGAUUCGUCAAAGAAGAAAUCGACCACAUCAACUAUCCCUGUGCCCAAGUUGUCCAAGGCAGCAAAG